AUGGAAAGCAAUGCACCUGCACGCUUUAUAGCCUGCAACAAUCAACACUGCAGCAAGAAAUUCAAGUUUAUUGAUUUUGCUACUGUACAUACAGUGGUUGACGGCCCUGAUCCCCGAGACCAUUUCGCCAAUGAGCGCAAUUUGCUAACAUGGGUACGAGUGGGCAUGGUGAUGUGCCUCAUUGGGUUCAUGACAUUAUUGGAUUUAAGGACACAAGUCUUUGCACCUGCUCAAUCCCUACCAUGGGCAGGUGAUACUCAACAACCUUUACGAAUUCAAGUGGUGGCGUACAUCUUUAUCAAUUCUACAUCGUAA